ACAGUACACACACUUAUGGAUUUGAAUUGACUUGCUGGUCUGAGCUUCCUGAAAGUGUUAUUGUCUCUCCUCCUGCAGUAUGACUACAUGGAGCGCUUGGAUGGUAAAGAGAAGUGGAGUGUUGUCGAGUCUCCUCGAGAACGUCGCAGCAUCCAGACUGUGGUUCUAAACGAAGCAGUGUUUGUUCAGUACCUGGACCCAGGAGCAUGGCAUCUAGCCUUCUACAAUGACGGACGAGAAAGAGAGACCGUCUCCUUCAACACUGCUGUAAUGGACUCGGUACAGGAGUGUCCCCGUAAUUGUCAUGGCAAUGGAGAGUGUGUGUCUGGUGUGUGUCACUGCUUUCCUGGGUUCCAUGGCAUGGACUGCUCCAAAGAGGCGUGUCCAGUUCUCUGUAGUGGUAAUGGUCAGUAUGAUAAGGGAUCAUGUAUCUGCUACAGUGGAUGGAAAGGAGCAGAGUGUGCCGUCCCCACCACACACUGCAUUGACCCUCUCUGUAGUGGACAUGGGACCUGUACUGGCGGGAACUGUGUCUGCUCCCUGGGGUACAGGGGAGACAACUGUGCCAAAGGUGAGGAGAGGGCGUGUGUGUUUGGGGGUGUCUGGAAUGGAGCGCCCAGACAGCAGCAUGUGAAAACAAUGGACUGCCUGGACCCGACCUGUUCUAAUAAUGGUAUCUGUGUGAACGGGGAGUGCCACUGUAAACCCGGCUGGGGCGGCCCACACUGUGAGCUGCAGCGGGCACAGUGCCCAGACCAAUGCCAUGGCCACGAGGUGUGUUCUGUGGACUGCGGGACCCACGGUGUGUGUUUGGGCGCAGCGUGUCAGUGUGAGGAGGGCUGGACGGGUACCGGGUGUGACCAGCGAGUGUGUAACCCACUGUGUAUCAAACAUGGAACCUGCAAAGACGGCAAGUGCCAGUGUCACCAGGGCUGGAAUGGAGAACACUGCACCAUCGGAUUUAUGUCUGUAACCUUCACUAACCGGCCUGGAGGAGACAACUGGAUGAUGCUACUGCUGCUGGGGAAUGGGACCAACUUUCUGUAG